AUGACCACUUCGCGGAGGUCUUGGGUGGCAGAGAACAACUAUGAGUUGCUUUCCCUCCUGAAAGGCUUCUUCGGACCUGGCGGCUUCAUCCACCCCCGGCUGCAAGUGCGGCGCUCUGGAGGUCGGGGCCUGGUGGCCAGCCGACCAUUGAAGUCCGACGAGGUGCUGCUGCAGGUGCCGCUGGACUGCUUGCUGCGGCACCCGUUGCCGUGGGACCAACUGUCCUGGCGGCCAGCGGUGGAGCUGAACCAGGUGAAUUCCACUCUCUCUUGGCAGCCGGAGGAGGUGCUGGCGCUCAAGGGCACGCCGGCGCACGGCGAGGCCCGGCGCCUGCGACGGGGCCUGCGGAGCCUCUGCGACCGGAACCUGGGCCUCGACUGCGAGGAGCUGCGCUGGGCCGCAGGCCACUUCUGGAGCCGCGCCUGGCAGUUCCGCGGGAGCGGCUCCAGCUUCCGCGCGCUGGUGCCCGGAGUGGAUCUCAUCAACUUUCACCCUGACUCCCGGAACUACUUCCGCAUGGCGGGGAAGAGCAUCGUGUACAUUGCGGGCCAAGACUACGCUGAAGGCGAGGAGGUCCUCGACAACUAUGGAGGCAAAAACGACACCUUCUUGCUGACGCACUAUGGCAUUCUGCAUGAGGACCCUGGCCGGAGCUACGCUCAUCUAGAGCUGCCCCGUGUCAGCGACCUCCGGGACAGCAUGAUCACGGCCGUCAGGCCAGACCGUCAGCUGAAGAUUUGGCCGGGAGGUAUUGUGGAUGGUGCCAACCUGCUUCGCCUCGCGUUGGCGCCAGAGCUGAGCGCCUACGAUGCUGAGAAGCUGCUGUCGCGCUCGCCUCCACGCUGGGGCCUGCGGGGGGAAAGGGCAGUGCUGGCCUGGCUGGUGGCGAGCUGCCAACAGCAGCUGGAUAGGCAGAACGCGGUGGUCCGUCUUGGACAAUGCUGGCUCGUGGAGACUUACCGGGCUCGGCUGGCCGGGCUUUGGCAUCAAUGUGCCGAGGAGGCGGGAAGGCGGCUAUGGCUGUUGAAUGAGACAGAUUGUGGUCCAGGCAGCAGCACGGAGGUGUCCCGGUCAUCUACCUGGUUGCCUGGAUCUGGGCGUCGAUACGAAGGCUCGCGUACAGGGAAGACGUGGCGCCGUGCGGUCCACUUCUCCGGCCAGGCUGCGAGGUGCGGAUCCGCCUGCCCCCCAUGGCUGCAUCGGCUGGCUUCAUCUGCGCUGGGCGCCUUGCCAGCGCCGGACCUUUUGCAGCGGCGGCUGGCCGGCGUGGAGCUCCCGUGCGCCGUUUCGCUGUCCGCUUUCCGCGCCAUGCUGCGUUUCGUGUUGGCCUUGGAGUUGAGCUUCGCGGCUGCAGGGCCCUGCACCGGCGCCUGCCCCAAGCUCUCGGAUGGGCUUUACUGUCCUGUGAACGAUGUGACGGAGCAUGCCGACGUCAACCGAGACGUGAAGUUGAUCAAGGAGCUGCUGAGUGCGGGGGACUACACCGCGGCCAAGGAUGUGUACACCAGCGGCAACUUCUCCUCCAAAGGCCUCGGGGAGAUGCGCACUCUGCAGGACCUCGCCCAGAAGGAUAUGACCUCCGGCGGAAAGUACACCAACGCUUUCUACAGCGGGGCUCUCGCUUUGUACGGCUCCAUCAACGCCGUGUGGCAGGACCCCAUCAUUGCCUGCCUGGAUAACAGCAGCUUUUGCGCAGGCAAGAGCGACUCCUUUCGGCAAUACAUCAUCAACAAAGGACUCAUCGGCGUGGUCACUGCUUACGUGACCUACGAGAUGGGCGCCGCGGUGUGGAAGGCGGAGCAGGGCGAGCUGGGGGACGCCCAAGCGGCGUAUGCCUGGGAUGAGGCCGCUGCCUUCUAUGUGGGAAACAUUGCGGCUGUCAUCGGUGAUGGUUACACCGGCAGCGCACCGGGGAACCUCUACUCGCCUUACGAGUUCAACUGGAAGCGCGACAGUGACUUCCCUGAUGGCAUCUCCACUCACAUGGAAGCGAUCCCCUUGCUGAAUUUCGGGCUGAUGAAUGUGCGCGGCAGCUACAAUGCCACCAACUUGCAAGCGGCGCAACUGGCCAUGUACAAGAUCUUGUCCAUCGCGGCGAUCCGGAGCGCGAUCAAGUAUGGCUGGAAGGCCUACGGUGACGGUACCUUUCAGGAGAAGUAUCUCGCUGAGGGCUGGGCGUAUUGGCGCUCUGCCUCAGGGUACAUCUCCACGGUGAACCAAACUGCUGUGGAACAGGUGGAUGCCAUCUUCGACUUGUCGCAGACGAAUUUCACGGCGGAUGCCGCCUGCAAGGUGAAGACGCUGGUGGAGUCCGUGUAUGCAGACCUGGGAAUCACCUGCGCCAUGGUGGGCAAGUGGAAGGAUGCGCCUGCUGGCGGCUGCCUGGACUCCGUGUGCCAGGAUGCUAUGAGCAUGUCCCUGCCCGUUGGCUCCACCACCUACGCGGACACGUGCGAGGCAAAGGAGAUCAGCAGGGCACCCGGUGCAAGCGGCCUUGCCUUGCUGCUUCUGGCGGCAGUCGGAAUGGCUGCCCAAGGGUAGGCAGUCAGUUCAUCCUGAGUGAGAGUCACGGCGCCUGUUUGCUACUCGUGCACUGGAGGUGCAUUGGCAAGGCCGAGAUUUCUAAGCUUGUCGUUGAAUAACCUUGGCUGCAAGUCUAGCAUUCUGUUGGC